UUUGGCCUUUCACUUAUUUGUCAAGCUGCCACCUGGCUCCUUCCAAGCUCCCAGUUUGGUAUAUAUAUACACUAUCCUCGGUUCUUCCAUCAAGCUUCCACAAACUCCAAAGGUUGAUACUUCCUCUGUCCGGAUCCCAGUUUUUCUUCCUUGUCUGAAAUGGCUACCGCUACUCUUAGUCACGCCGAUGCUGAGAAGCUUUCGAAUCUAAAGUCCUCCGUCGCCAGCCUCAACCAGAUCAGUGAAAAUGAGAAAUCUGGAUUUAUUAACCUCGUUUCCCGCUAUUUAAGCGGUGAGGCCCAAUUUAUUGAGUGGAGCAAGAUCCGAGCUCCAACUGAUGAGGUGGUGGUUCCAUAUGACAAUUUAGCACCUCUCUCUGAAGAUCCAACAGAAAUCAAGAAGCUAUUAGACAAGCUUGUUGUUCUUAAGCUUAAUGGAGGAUUGGGAACAACAAUGGGAUGCACUGGUCCAAAGUCAGUUAUUGAAGUCCGUAAUGGCUUGACAUUCCUGGACUUAAUUGUCCAGCAAAUUGAGAGCCUCAAUGUCAAGUAUGGAUGCAAGGUGCCCCUGCUUCUGAUGAAUUCAUUCAAUACUCAUGAUGAUACACAGAAGAUUAUUGAAAAAUAUGCAAAUUCCAACAUAGAGAUUCACACUUUCAACCAGAGCCAGUAUCCUCGCCUUGUUGUUGAAGACUUUGCACCACUUCCAUGCAAAGGCAAUACUGGAAAGGAUGGAUGGUACCCACCAGGCCAUGGAGAUGUUUUCCCAGCUUUAAUGAACAGUGGAAAACUUGAUCUUCUAUUGUCACAGGGCAAGGAGUAUGUCUUUGUUGCCAAUUCAGAUAACUUGGGCGCCGUUGUUGAUCUAAAAAUUCUAAACCAUUUGAUCCAAAACAAGAAUCAGUAUUGCAUGGAGGUGACACCAAAAACAUUGGCUGACGUCAAAGGUGGCACCCUAAUUUCUUAUGAAGGAAAAGUGCAGCUUCUGGAAAUAGCUCAGGUCCCUGAUCAACAUGUUAAUGAAUUCAAGUCUAUAGAAAAGUUCAAAAUCUUCAACACUAACAACUUGUGGGUGAAUCUGAAUGCAAUUAAAAGACUCGUUGAAGCGGAUGCACUACAGAUGGAGAUCAUUCCCAACCCUAAGGAAGUUGAUGGGGUUAAAGUUCUUCAACUUGAAACUGCUGCUGGUGCUGCAAUUAAGUUCUUUGAUCGUGCUAUCGGUGUGAACGUCCCACGGUCCCGCUUCCUUCCAGUAAAAGCAACCUCUGAUUUACUCCUCGUCCAGUCCGAUCUUUACACCUUGACCAAUGAUGGCUAUGUUAUUCGAAAUCCUGCCCGUGUUAAUCCUUGCAACCCUUCUAUUGAAUUAGGACCCGAGUUCAAGAAGGUUGGUAACUUUUUGGCUCGUUUUAAGGCCAUUCCGAGUAUUGUAGAACUGGAUAGCUUAAAGGUGGCAGGGGAUGUAUGGUUUGGAGCUGACAUUACCUUGAAGGGGAAGGUGACGAUCACUGCAAAAUCUGGUAAGUUAGAAAUUCCAGAUGGGGAUGUCAUUGCAGACAAGGAAGUCUAAUGAGUUGCUUCUCUUCAUGGAAAAGGAGCAUAUCAAGACACACCAUGUGUGCUUUUAGAUUUCUCCACCUGCGUCGCUUGUAAAUUUUGAUAUUAUUCUGUUAUAAAAAUAAAUGGACCAAUUUUGUAAUAAUAUAUAUUAAGAGCAUUAGAUAUGUUCUUGUAGUUGACCUACUGCACUGCUCUUCACUCUUCAAAGUUUCAAUGGACAUGCAAUGUUGCCAAUUAACAAUGCAAAGCUGAAAUAGUUUUGUGCUAUGUUUUUUAUAAAAGCUUUGGUCUGUUUUUUGUGAAUCAUUGCAAUUUGGUCUUUAAGGC